CAAUUGGAUUUUAACCACACAACCACAAAAACUUAUCAUGUGAUAUCAAUAGCUUCUUCACCUCUUGAUUUCCAUCAAAACGAUGAAUGCAAUCAAAGCACACGCCCUACGCUGCUGCCAGUUAACCCCACCCUUCAAAUCUCGCAAUUUCACGGAAAUUAAUCGGAUAAACAUCUCGGCCGCGAGGGGACGGAGGGUGGCGGUGAGAGCCUGCGCAGAGAAGAAAACCGAAAGGCGGAGUUUCCUGACGCUGGAAGAGGCUGGUUUGGUGGAGAUCUCCGGCCUCAGCACGCACGAGCGCUUUCUAUGCCGAUUAACGAUAUCAUCGUUGAAUCUGCUUCGAGUGAUAUCGGAGCAGGAAGGGUGCAAAAUUGAGGAGCUGAACGCGGGGAAGGUAUGUGAUUGGUUCAUCAAAGAUAAGCUCAAAAGAGAGCAAAAUUUGGAUGCAGUUCUGCAAUGGGAUGAUUCUGAACUAAUGUUAUGAAUUACUAAUAUUCACUUCUUCUAUCAUCUCCUUAUUCUUCCUUAUCCAUAUAUGACUACUAUUAAUUAUUUGUUUUACUUAA